UCGCCGUGCUUUGUGCGAAAUCAGUUUCUCGUCUUCUUUCAUUCUCGAUCACUCCGUCUCCUCUCUCGAAUCUCAUCUCAUCCUUCUGGGUUAGGCAAAAUCUCCUUCUGAAGCUAUGAUGAAGAUCAUAAGAGAAGAAGGCUUCAAGAGAAUGAUUGUUUCUGGAAAUCGAUGGUGGGAAUGCGGGAAGCCGACGAAGACAGCAAGAUCUCACGGGAAGAAGUUUCAUGUCACGGUGGAGAAGGAGACAUCUAGGAUUUUGGGAAACUUGGGAUGGGCUUAUAUGCAGCUAAAGGAGUACACAGCGGCUGAAGCUGUGUACCGUAAAGCUCAAGUUGUAGAGCUUGAUGCUAACAAGGCUUGUAAUCUGUGCACUUGUCUCAGCAAGCAAGGGAAGGUCGAUGAGGCGAGGUCGAUUCUGUUUCGUGAUGUAUUGCAGGAGAACAAAGAAGGGUUUGAUGAUGAUUCGAGGUUGAAGGUUCGAGUUCAAGAGCUGUUGAGCGAGCUAGAUGUUGUCACUUCUGUUUCUGUGAUGGGUCCAACAUUUAAAGAAUAUGAUUGUGAAUGUAAUGUCUUAUGUGUUGGACUUGUACAAAAAAAAAAAGCGUACGACCUUUAUUCAGUUUCUGUGGGAAUCUCACAUUGCAAUUUGUGUCUAUGAUCAUUGUUUCGUUUCCCGACAGAUACUUGUCUUUGGUGGAAAUGGGUUUGUGGGAUCACAUGUCUGUAAAGAAGCUUUAGAUCGCGGUUUAUCUGUCUCUAGCCUUAGCAGAUCAGGUAGGUCGUCUGUACAAGAGUCAUGGGCUUCCAGAGUUACAUGGCAUCAAGGUACUUGUUAGAUCACCUCAACAUGUUUUAGGAACUAGAAUGUUUUCUCUAUGCUACUUCCAGAGUUACAUGGCAUCAAGGUACUUGUUAGAUCACCUCAAUAUAUCUUCUAAAACACUUCCAUCUUACCAUUUGGUUCUCGUAUAUUAGUUUUUGUUUGUCUUCUCAAAUACUUGUAAAAAUCUAAAACACUUCCAUCUUACCAAUUGGUUCAAUUUCUAAAAAAAAUAAAAAAAAUUAAGAACCUCAUAGAGGUUCUCCCAUUGGACUUUCUCAAAACAAAUUAGGUUCUAAACUAUUUAAAGUACACAAUUAAUAAUUAAAUUAAUUUUAAGAACCCAUUAAAGGCUCUAACCAAUGGAGGUGCUCUUACAAUGAAAAUAGUUCACAUGAAUCAUUCAUUGACUUUCCUUAUAAAAAAAUGUCAAAGCAUAGGGAACAUUAUUUUAUGUUUUAAAUUACUUAAAACAACAGAUUUUUUAAACAAUAUUGAAGUUUCAUAACAAACAUAUUUAUUAAAAUUAGCAUUUUUCGUACAGAUAUAUCUAAAAUUUACUUUUCAAUUAACAUAUCUGAUUGAAAAGUCUUAAAUUUUUAUCUAUACUAAAAAUAAGAAUAAUAGGGUUCCACCUUGCAAAAGUUCACCAACCUCAAAUAUUUUUUUGUCCAUAGAUACAAAGGAAGAGGCAAGUACACAGAACAUAGUUUUUUUUAUAAAAUGAUUUAAUCACUAAACAGAAGUAUUAGGAAAAGAAAGAAGCAGAUUUGGUAAAAGGGUAGAAUCGACAAUGGAAGCAAAAACUGGGAUAAUAAAGUGACGGAGAGAUUCUCUCACUCUUCUGAUCUCUCAACUCUCCCAAGCUAAGAAUCUCUCUCUCUCUCUCUAUCCGUUUGAUCAUCUUCCUCUUCGCUUCGGAAAAUCUCCGAUCCGUUCGAGUCUCGCUCCCUGACUGUUCCCGCCAUCUGCGAUCAUCUGAUCCGUCGAUCUCCCUCGCGAAAUUAGGAAAAGGAAGAUGAGGUCGGUUCAAGCACCGGUUGUUUGCCCUGCGAUUCGUCCGAGACAAGUAGGUGCAUGCGCUCUGAAACCUACGCUUCUCAGAAGCCAAUUCUUGGGUCAUCGGAUCAAGUCUCAUGUCACGCUUCGUCUGCAUCCGCGGGGGUGUAGCAAGAUUAGCAUCAAGUGUGUUUUCAGCUCUCACUCUGAUGGUAACGGAAGCACCGCUGAGAAUUUCAACGAAAACGAUGAGGAGUAUGUCAACUCUAGCAUAGUGGAAGCUGUUGAGGUGAAGAGUGGAGCUGAUGGUUUCAUGGUGAAGAUGAGAGACGGCAGGCAGCUACGAUGUGUUCAUAACAAUCCUCAAGGAGGCCAUUUGCCUGAUUAUGCUCCACACCCUGCUAUUGUUUUGAAAAUGGAAGAUGGGACUGGUCUUCUCCUUCCUAUUAUUGUUUUGGAGAUGCCUAGUGUGUUACUUAUGGCAGCAAUGACCAAUGUCCAGAUUGCAAGACCAACCAUGUAUCAAGUGGUGAAGGAAAUGGUGGACAAGAUGGGUUACGAAGUUAGACUUGUUAGAGUGACCAAAAGAGUUCACGAGGCGUACUUUGCCCAGUUAUACCUUUCAAAGGUGGGUAAUGCAUCGGACUGCAUCAGCUUUGACCUCCGCCCUUCAGAUGCAAUUAACAUAGCUGUUAGAUGCAAGGUACCUAUCCAAGUGAACAAAUACCUUGCAUAUAGUGAUGGAAUGAGAGUCAUCGAGUCAGGGAAGCUGUCACAACAGACACCUGCUUCAGAUGGCUUAUUGUUUACUGAACAAGACCGACCAAAUGGUCAGGCUUGCCUUGAUACCAAAGAGUUCAAUAUUCUGAGCAACAUGAUGCAAGCCGUUAAUGAAGAGCGAUAUGAUGAAGCUGCUGAAUGGAGAGACAAGCUUGGCCAGUUUCGGGCCAAGCGUAACCUCAGGAAAUACACAUAAGAGCUCGACCAACGAGUAUUUGUCUAUGUACAUAAUAAGAAGAAGGUCAUUGUCGGGGAUCAAAGUGGAGGAAGAAGCAGAGUCUGGAGAUUGAAGAAUGCUCUACACUUAACCCAUUUUCCCAGAAACAAAAAAAAACAAUUAUAUAAUGUAUUAAAUGUAUCUAGCGUGAUGUGUACAUAAUGCUUAUUAAUCUGCGUCUUCUUGUGCACGUUAAGUUCACUCUGAUUGUA